UGGGCGGGGGCGCCGACCAAGUUUCUCUCGCUGCAAAGAUGGCGUCAGUGCUGCCCAAACUUCGGGCCCCCGGGGGCGGGGCAGCGGGGAGGGCGGCCGCGUCGGUCCGCGCGUGUCCGUGGGUCCCGCCGGGGCUGCGCCGGACGGCCGGGGAGCCCUUCCCGCCGCGCCGGGCUGGGGGCGGGGCCGGGGGCGGGGCCGCGCCGUCCACACCGGCCGCAGCCGGUUUUCGAGGCGGGCGCCGAGCGGAUCCGCGGCGGAGGUUGAGGGACCCCCCCCUCCCCGGGCCGCCGCCUCCGCUGAGUCUGCCCCCUCCCCAUCCGCAGGGCUCUUCCGUAGGCGGCGGCUUCGCGGGCUUGGAGUUCGCGCGGCCGCAGGAGUCGGAGCCGCGGGCCUCGGACCUGGGGGCCCCCCGGACGUGGACGGGGGCGGCGGCGGGGCCCCGGACUCCGUCGGCGCACAUCCCCGUCCCAGCGCAGAGAGCCACCCCAGGAAAAGCCCGGCUGGACGAGGUCAUGGCUGCCGCUGCCCUUACAAGCCUGUCCACCAGCCCUCUUCUUCUGGGGGCCCCAGUUGCAGCCUUCAGCCCAGAGCCUGGCCUGGAGCCCUGGAAGGAGGCCCUGGUGCGGCCCCCAGGCAGCUACAGCAGCAGCAGCAACAGUGGAGACUGGGGCUGGGACCUGGCCAGUGACCAGUCCUCUCCGUCCACCCCAUCACCCCCACUGCCCCCCGAGGCAGCCCACUUUCUGUUCGGGGAGCCCACCCUGAGGAAAAGGAAGAGCCCGGCCCAGGUCAUGUUCCAGUGUCUGUGGAAGAGCUGCGGGAAGGUGCUGAGCACGGCGUCUGCGAUGCAGAGACACAUCCGCCUGGUGCACCUGGGGAGGCAGGCAGAGCCUGAGCAGAGUGACGGUGAGGAGGACUUCUACUACACAGAGCUGGAUGUUGGUGUGGACACGCUGACCGACGGGCUGUCCAGCCUGACUCCAGUGUCCCCCACGGCCUCCAUGCCACCUGCCUUCCCCCGCCUGGAGCUGCCAGAGCUGCUGGAGCCCCCAGCCCUGCCUAGUUCCCUGCGGCCGCCUGCCCCGCCCCUGCCCCCACCCCCUGUCCUGAGCGCUGUUGCUAACCCCCAGUCCUGUCACAGUGACCGUGUCUACCAGGGCUGCCUGACGCCCGCCCGCCUGGAGCCGCAGCCCACGGAAGUCGGAGCCUGCCCGCCCGCCUUGUCCUCCAGGAUUGGGGUCACCCUGAGGAAGCCCCGUGGCGAUGCGAAGAAGUGCCGGAAGGUGUAUGGCAUGGAGCGCCGGGACCUGUGGUGCACAGCCUGCCGCUGGAAGAAAGCCUGCCAGCGGUUCCUGGACUAAGUCCGGCUCGUUCAAGAACAUAAGCUACCACCUUCUCCCUCCCCACCCUCUCCAGGCCCGGGGCUGAAAUAGCUCCGGGACAGCCCCAGGGGCUGGCCUUCACCAGCUGCAGGGUCUGCUUUUAAUUGGGGUGUGGGGGCUGACCCUGAACCCCCCAGGUCGGGGAGGGGUCCCACCACUCAAAGUGCCUCUGAAGAAACGCUUUUUGCACUAAAGCCAAACCACAACGCUAUCCCCUUAGCCCCAAGGGCCCUGGGGCAGCCACCCCCCGCCUGUCGGCCCAUAGAUUUAUCAAGGGUGUUAUGGGCCCAGCUUUGGGGGGGCCAGUCCCGAUGCACUUUGAGGGGUGUUGGGGAGAGGACUCCCCCACUCGCACUUAACUCAAUGGCUCUCGGGCCCUGGGGCUGUUUUUACCAUGUUUUUGAAGCUCAGGUGUCUCACGUCUGGGCUGCACCAGGCGAAGAGAGAAAUUAAAGAUUUGAGGUUUUUCCAGAA